GCGCUCUGGGUCUCCCUUCCUUUUGGAAAGCUUUCCCAUCUUUUCGUGAACUGUUCUCGACCGGUGCCUUCUGUCCCCUUACAGAAGAGAGUUCUGUCAGCUGUUAUCGUAGCUUCCUCUGUAGUUUAUAAAAGCAAUUUUUUGCUCUCUGAUUAAAAGUUUAAAAGGAGGAUUUUUUAAAAAAAACAAAAAACAAACAUAUUGUAGGAACUAUAGAGGAGGUGGAUUGAAUUUCUGUAUAGCUUGGCUCUCUCCAGCUGAAAGCUGGAUGUGCACCUACGGUUGCUGAAUGCAAGCGAUUCUGAACUUCUCCAAGCGUGGCAGUAGCAGCUAUCAUAGAUGUGGAUGUGUGCUUAACUCUUUCCUGGCUCCCUUGAUUUGUACCAUGCUCAAGAUCCUUACCAAGAAGCUCAGGAAUCAGAGUUUGAAUGAAAUCCAGCCUUUCAAAUUAAAGAUUUCCUAUCCAAGUGAUGAGGAAGACAGUGAUGAUUCUGAGGGAGAGAACCAGGAGCUUGCUCAGAUUGACAGAGAGAGAAGACGGAAUUGCACUUUGACCCCCUUGGCAAAUAAUCAACUGCAGAACCAAGAAAAUCAGUGCUGCAAAACACGGUCCCAUUUUCCUGCAGGCCUAGAUUGUCACAGCUCUGAAGAGGAGCUGGAACGAAUUAGUUGUGAGUUUGCAGCUGAGAAACGGAAGUGGUCGCAAGUCAAUAGACUUGCCUGCUGUGGUGACAACUACAAUACUUCCUCUAGUGACGAGGAAGUGAAGAACUUGUGUGGCAUGUCCUUUCGACCUGUUGUAGAGGCAGCAGAUGGCUUCCAUGCAAGCUCUAGUCCGGUACUCUUUAGUGCCUCACCUCCUAAGAGACUCCAGUCUUUUGUACGAACUGCAACAUCCCGGCCUUUAAUCUUCACGAGUGUUGGAGACAACUUUGAGCAAGUGAUGCCUUGUAAACGACACCGGCAGGGCUAUGGAGACAAGGUCAGUAGGCCCAGCCUUGACCUGGAAAAAAUGCAGCAGAAGAUGCUAUUUAAGAAGAGUUGUGGAGCAAAGUCACGAGUGAUCAAAAUUCGGCAUAUCAAUGGGAGCCGACCACCACCUCACUUCAUGUAUGACCCAUCGAUCUUUGCCUUCCGAUCUCUAAGCACUUUGAAGCCUUUGAGCCCCAUAGCUCCAGUUGAAGAACCAUCAUGUGCCUACUGAAGGGAGAUACUUGAAGCUCUCAGGAAUCAUUAUACCAACCAACUUCUCACCAGGGACUAGAUGUGGGAGGGCAUAUGUUUGCAAUGACUACCAAGAUCCCUGGUACUAUGAGAUGGGUGACGUUUCUCUCAUGUCUUUUUUUGUGUGUGUGUGCCAAUCUGAGGAUUGGCAGAAAUGGAAUGUAUGUACAUUGAGCAAGUUGAGUUCAUAAGCCAUAGUGCCAUUGUAGAGAUGUUACUAGGUACACAGGAAGCCAGUUUCUUCUCAAAGAAAAGUGGUGUGUUGCACUAAUGAGUGAACAGCCAUCCAUGUAAUAGAAAGUGACGAGUAAGCAAGCUUUUAUGAUCUGCCUUCCUGAACCUGGUAGAGUUGUUCCCUCUGCAGAAUGAUUUCUCCAGUUGACUGGCUCCUUUCUGAGAAGUAGGAAGAGUUAUUGGCCUUCUCUUGACUAUCAAAGUCAAGGUGGAUCUGGUCUUAGUGAUCCAUGGAAGCUAAGUUUGUUCUGCUGUUUGUAUCCCCAUUACAAGACUAAUGUGGGAGGCAUACUGUGAUUGUGCAGCUUCAGACAUGGUGCAAUUAUGCACUGGUACACUAUGCCCCAGCUGAUUUUUUUUCCCAUUUGUGGCAGGGGGGCGUCUAUGGGAUAUGCUGCCUAGUCUGUCUGGAAUUACAGCAGCAUGGAAAUUCAUGGUAUGUUGCAUGUGGCAGAUGUUAGAUGGGAGGUAAAGGGAAAAGGAAGAAGGGCACAGCACUUUGUGGCAGUAGCUCAUGUGGCUUUAGAAUAGAAGAAAUACUCCCCCCCCCCCAAAAGGUGGUCACCCUCUUCACAUACAUUCUGCAAUUGCAUGGGAUAGCAAAACAGGGAAGUGUAUGAGUGAAAAGAGACUGGUUUUAUUAUAAUUUUAAGUGGAGAAAAGUCUUGGGAUACAAUACCAUUAGAACUUAGGACAAAAUCAAGCAAUUAUUCCUGCCCUUGAACUCUUGCUGGUAUGAGUGAAAUAGAGAAAGGAAGAUGGACAUAUUUUAGUAUGCACAUCUUUUGGGAGGCAAACAUACGACUCUAUGUGGUUUCAGUUUUUUUCUAUGCCAUUCGUCUCGGUCUGUUGAUAUAAGGCCUGCUAAUCGGCACACAUUCUACAUUACUGUCCCAUAACACUUAAAGUGUAUAUUUGGGUCUUAGGAACCAGGUUUUGAACCUCUGUUCUAACACAUAUGCUGCAUUAUUCUUUGUCCAGGGCUGAUUCCGCACUCACCUUGCUCUGGGGGCAGGCUUCUGUUUCUGUGUGGAGCAAGUUGGCAAUUUCGCACCAGUUGCUCCACGCCACCAUUUUGCACAGGGCAAACCCACCAUUUGCCACGCAGCAGUGUAAACCUGUUUUUUCAGGUUUACACUUCAGUGCAGCAAAUCAUGGGUUUGCCUCCUGCAAAAUGGCGGCGCAGAGCAACUGAAGCGAAAUCACCAGCUUGCUCCACACAGAAACAGAAGCCUGCCCUGGAGCAAGGUGAAUGCAGAAUCAACCCAGGUGUAGUUGAGGUCAUUAAUUCCAAAGACUCUUAUUUGCAUACUAAUAGCAUAGUGUACAAUCCUGUGAACAUGACUGCUGUUUAAUCUCUAUUUUUAAUUUUUUUAAAUACAGCAAGAUUUGCACAAGUAUGAACCAUUCACAGUAUGGAAGAACUCUGUUAUUUGCUAUAAUUAGGAACAUGGAUGUAAUCUGUGAACAUAGAAACUGGGCUAUCUGGCAAAAAGCCAUUCUUGUUAUCAGCUGAGACUGUAUAACCUUGUUACCACUUGUUCACCUCUGUGAAGCAUUUGUUCCUCUGGCCAUAGGCAGGUCUGCUUGGGCAAAACCCAUGUUAUUCAUGGAGUUAAAAGCAUCUAGUCCCAAAGGAAUGUAGUCUUCAACAGAGGACUACCUCUCUGACAGACAAAGAGGAACAGAAACAAGGUACAGGAUACAAGUCAUUGGAUUCUUAAGGCCAGAAACUUUCUAAGCUGUAGAAACAAGCUGACCCUACUGCCUUCAAGCUUUCAUGUAAGAUGAUGUCGCAUCGAUGGUGAUAGCAGAGGAGUGGUAGGAUAAAGGACUCCUUUAAUUCUGGGCUAAACUGCCCCAUUCUGUAUAAGGGCAAUACAGGGAUGUGAGCAACCUUCUCCUCACUAGCAUUAAUGAAGUAAAAAACAAGCUGAGUCUUCUUUGCUUACUAGGUUGUUCUGCUGAGAACAAAAUCAGUAAUUGAGCUCUUUCAAAAUAUGUUGCUUACGCUUCCCCCCUUGUUCUUCCAAUGGAUGGGGAAAGAGAAUUUAUUUUCUGUCUCGUUUUAAUUCUGAAGAUAAUCUCUGUUGUGCACAGUGACAAUUGGAGUCCCUGUGAACUUGACCUCCUUGUAAUAAGGGUAAAUAAAACCCAUUUUACUAUUUUUGCAGAUUAGGCUUGGCUGAUAAGCAGUCAGUGUGUGAUGUGGUCAGGAAAAGUCUGAGGUGGUACUUUCAUGCCCAAUAAUAUCCGCUUGUUCCCAGAUACCACUGAAUGCUUUGCUGCUUUUGCAGAGCAGGCUGACAAUUUCUGAUUGGCCUAGGAGGAUGCUGUCCCAUAUGAUGCUCCAAGAUGAAGGAAUGGAGGGAAGAUGACCUCUGUCAAUGUUGCCUUUCUUUAGUACUUUUGUAAUAUUUGCAUCUUUGUUUUUUUUUCAAUCAAAACAAUAAAGUUACAUUUUAAUUGCUGCUAUA